AUGGCUGACCAGAUUGAGACUAAAGAUAAAGACUACGCGGUGUAUUUUCGCACCUACGAAUGCUCUGCCUUCUAUGUAGAAGAUGAAAACCACAAGCGGCUAAGAAUUGUCGAGGUUUUCAAGAGUUCUCUGGAAAGAAGAGCGUUUAUAAUUCCCGAGUACGGAAAGAAUCUCUUGAUAGAAGCAUACGUCGCCAAGGUGUGGCUUCGAUUGACAGAAAAGGCGGGAAUUUAUUCCAUACACAUUCCAAACAACACGAUACAAGAUCAGACCUCACCAACACCUUCUUUGUUAACCAUCUCGAGUCAAGGCGUGAUUGAUGGCGGAGAUACUGACAUUUUAUCGAAGAUUGAAUCCCAACCUUGGGACGCCGUCAAAUUGUUCUGGAGGGAGACCUCGCUUAACUCAGAACAAAUUGAUGAGGGAUAUUGGAUGUUAGUGGAUCUCUGCUCUCUUAUAGCCCGGCGAAUUGGGUUAAUCACGCCAGACACUGGUGGGUAUAAAGACAAAUUGAGAAUGGAAAUUUUGAUGGCGGAAAAGAAGUUGAUAAGAAUAGAAUAA